AUGUUCCCGUCGCUAGACCGGCCUGAGCCUUCCCAUCUGCGGUGGCAAUUCAUCGAUGCUUCGAAUAAUAGUCGGAGCAACCUGACCCAGGUGAAGAAGCAUGUGAUGCAGGAGUAUAUGAGACGCCGGGGAAAGAGUACUGGAUCACAUCGGAGUGAAAGCGAAGACGAUCCUCAACCUGCGCAGCGAGCAAACUGUGGACGACCCAGGAAGACUCUAAUUGCGAAACGCGAGGUCACCAAAGUUGACAAUGCUCCAGAAGAAGAUGAUGACGCCGACGUGGAGGAAAUCAAUCAAUCGACCUCUUGGAAUCCCUCGCUGGGUUACGAGGGUUCGAUUGCUCUGCCGUUCCGGGCGUCUCCUACCGAAGCGCAGGAAUCCAUCAUCUCAUACUCGGAUUAUAUAGACAACUCGUGGUCCUCUUUGCCUACACGAUCCCCGCGAACCAUCCUGAGCGCGGUGCGGACAGACCCCUUCAACUCUCUCCCCAUGAAGCUAGACCUAGAAGACGAGAAACUAUUCCAUUUCUAUGUCAGCGACAUGCCCGCCUGCUCAUACGGGUCGCAUUUCCGCUCCCCCAAAGCGCACAACUGGUAUACCCAGGUCUUCGUGCCCGAGGCCAUGAAGGGCGCCGUCGCUUUUCAGAACACCGUCCUCGUGCACGCAGCCAACACCUGGGCGUGGGUGCGCCAUGAAAGCGAAACCAAGAACACACUGCUACAUCGAGACCGCGCCGUCACGAUGCUGCGCGAGCACUUCCAAAACCACCCACACGACAUCUCCGACAUUUCCAUAAUAUCCUGUCUGAGCGCUGCAGCCCUCGAAGACUUUGAUCCUCGUCCGGGACACAAACAGACCAGCUGGAGGCAUAUGCGCGCUGCUCGCGAGAUGAUACGGGUCCGUGGCGGACCGGCUGCAUUCGAGAAUACCCGACUCGGGAUGCUGAUCAACUGGCAAGACUAUAUCCUGUCGGGGUAUGAAAGCCACGGCCCUAGCUUCUUCUUCGAGCGCGGCCCUCCCAUCUCCGUUGCAGCUGCUGAGCAGCAGCAGACUGCACCACCUCACCACCACCCUCUCGAUCUCCACGAUUCAAUACCAUCACCGCCACACUCCACCUCCUCCUCCCUAUCAGGAACCAAUCCAUCAUGCCUAGAGUUACCUCGCUCGCUACCUCAGAACCAGCUCCCAACAUCUCCAAUCGACGAAAUCCGGCCCCAAUGUGAAGAAUUUCUCUACUUCCUCCGUCGCGCUGAACAACUUGCCCUCUACCAACAACAUAAGUUAUCCUCCUGCUCUCCAACCCGGCGUACAGCAAUCCAAGAAACAUCCGUCCUAUACCAGAUCCUCGCUGCACCCCCGGGAGCCCGCUUCACAGCCUCAGGAAAUCGCAUACAAAUGAUCGCCCGUAUGACAGCUCUAAUAAUGCUCAACGCCGCACUCUGGGACUACCGCUACACGCCGUCCCGCGGGGCCAUUUUCCUAAAUACGCUGGAGCAGGCUAUGAUAAAUAGUGAAGUGAACGUGAGCGGCUCCGUCGAGGCAUUCCUACAAAUCCUGUUAGAGUGCAACGAUGGCUUUCCUGACUUUUUUAUCGAUGAUGAAGGUGGCAACGUGCCGGAUUUCUCGCAGUACUCGCCUACUGCGACAUCCUGUGCCGCGCGGCCCUGGUGGGUGGGUAGGAUGCUCAAGGUUGCGAAGCGGUUAAGUGCAGAUUCGUGGCAUCGUCUAGCGGCUUUGCUGUUUGCGUGUCUUACGCUCGGUGUGAGAGACUCGGCGGUUUAUGUUUGGGAGGAGGAUCUGAGGUGUGAGAUUUUGGAAGCGCCUUUGACGUGCUAUGUUAUGCCCUCGUUGACCGAGUCACUCAAAUGA